CAGUAAAUCUGAAACCCGAAUUCAUCUUCAAAUCACAUCAGCUCUCGCUGUAACACUCCUCUUUGAAGUAACAUGGAUGAAGUAAAUUUCCACAUAGACGACAUCUGUAUGUAUGUUGAUAAUUUGAUGGAAAGGAAUUGGAAGGACUAUAGGUAUGAGCUCUAUCAGUAUUUUAAAGGGUUCAAGUCGACAGAAGAGGCACGCCAGUAUCCGUAUGGACAUGUCACACAAGAAGAUUGGAGUUGGUUAUGCACGUUCUUUGAAAAUAAGUACUCUGAGAGGCGGCCUAAGAAGGACCAUGCUUCUCGAGUACAGCUCCCAUAUAAACAUCGGGCAUGGAUAAAAUCCUCUUUAUGCCACAGUGAUGAUGACGACGAUGAUGAGGAGGAGCUAUUUCAUGACACACAUCUUCCAGCUGCAUCAAAUCCACCGACAGUGGAGUUGCAUGCUGACACAGGGGAGUUGCGCAAAGAGAUGGACGAGUUGCGUGCAAUGGUUAAUAAUCAAUGGGCAGGUGCAGAUAUGAUCAAUUCUAUCCUGCAGGAUCAGCAAGAACGAUUGAGGCGGUUAGAGGAGCGGGUCUUCAAUGAGAAAGACAAUGUUGCUCUGGAUCAAGAAGCAAAAGUUUGGAAUCAGGAAGAACGAUCGAGGCGGUUGGAGGAACAAAUCUUCGCUAGACAUGAAAACGAAAACAACUUAUCUGAUCCUGUUUUCUCUUCUAGCAUGCCUGGCCUUAAUUAGCCACAGAUCCACUUCUAAUUGUUCUUGAUAUAUGGCAUCAAGAGACUUGCAUAUUCCUCGUAACAGCCUAUCUGACACAGUGUUUGAACUUUAUACUUUCUUUUUCUUUUACUCGUUUUCUUAUUUUUCCUAUUUUAUAGUUCAGUUUUCCCGCACCAACAGGGACCUGCAAUGGUUUGCCUUUGCUGCGUGAAAGACCACCACUAUUGAUAGCCCACAACUCUCACUUUUGUUGGGAUCUACUGUAUCUCCAUUUCUUGAUUCCAGGUUUUCCUAGAACUCCAUCUAUUCUUCUCUCUCUUCUACAAAAAGAACCAAGUAAACCCAGAUGCAUUUACUGCAAAUCUCACUAACAAAGAGUAAUGUUAUUUUUCGCUAGCAUUUCUGGGUUUACUAGCAGGUUAUCAAAAAUAUUUAGUGGCAUUUGUUUGUCAUUCUUUAUAAUUUAUUUUGAGAUACUUUGAUAAAAGUUAUCAUAAUUCCCUUUGAAUUCGAAUUGCCAUCAAGUUUUAAGUUCCUAUCUUUCUUUAACCUCUGCUGGCAUGCAAUGCAAGCCACUGUGUCAUGUUUAUGACAACUAUAGUGUAAAUUUGUGUAUUACGAUACGAAUAAAAAAUUGUACCUGCAGUUUGAA